CGAAAGUAUGGCCACUCGUUCAUCAUCUGGUACAUCGUCAACAGCUCGGUCGCGAUCGACGAUGAUUGGCCAGUGACCAGAACUCUUAGCGUCGCUCGUUUCCCCAACUUUCGGGGUUCGGUAGUAAUAACACCUCAUUGGCUGAGCUUGCGGUGACGUGAUAAUGGAUACAUGUUGUUCAACGUCCCAGAAACCCUGUUGAAUGAGCCUAGGCAAAGGGCAAAAUGAAGAUGAUCACCGCUUCUAUAAAUUGGGGGAUGAGGGGAGGCUUUGACUAGCCCUUCUGGCUUCGCUCAUGUCAUGCAGCGACGAUAGCGACGGUAGACAUCGUCGAGAUGAAGGACUCCGUUACUCUAGGUAAAGUGCGAGCCUACUGGCUCGGCUCUGUGGUGUGUUUUGGUGGUUUCCUUUUCGGUUAUGAUAGUGGCAUUGUUAGUGGUGUCUUGACACUCGACUCUUUUCGCGACGACUACCGUUAUGGCGACGCUGGUGCAACCCGAGCGAGCUCUCUGUCUGUUAGUCUUCAGCAACUCGGUGCAUUUGUGGCCUGCUUCCUUGCAUGGCCUCUUACAGACAAGUUGGGGCGUAAGAAGGCCUUGAUGUUGUCUUCCGCAGUGUUCAUCAUUGGCGUUAUCAUCCAGACCAUCAACACCCACUCACUCACCGCAUUCUAUAUUGCCCGUGUCAUUGCCGGGCUUGGACUCGGUGCUUCUACAGUUGUGGUGCCCAUGUUUAACAGUGAGAUGAUGCCCAAGGAGCUGAGAGGCCAGGUUGGCUCCUUUUUCCAAUGGUUUUUUACCUUCGGUAUCUUUAUAUCGUAUUGGGUUGAUUAUGGGGUUGCUAAGAACAUCUCGGAUACCGACCCAUCACAAUGGCAGAUUCCAAUCGGCCUGCAACUUUUACCCGCAGGUAUCCUCGGGCUUGGCAUGUUCACCGUACCGGAGAGUGCGCGAUGGCUUACCAAGAAAGGUCGCCAUGAUGAAGCAUGGAAAAGUCUCCAGUGGAUUCGUGCCGACAGCUCUCAGGUCACUAUCGAUGAGAUGGAAGAGAUUCGCGCUGGUGUAGUUGCAGAAGCUCGAGCUACUGAGGGUUUCCAAUUCAAAGAACUGCUUCAGGGCGAAAACUUCAAGCGCGUGCUCGCCGCCUUCGCUGUUUUCACGGCUCAACAGGCGACCGGAGCCACGGCUUUUGCAUACUUCGGUCCACAAUAUUUCAAGCUCAUUGUAGGGAGCGGUGACCGAAGCCUGCUCGUUACUGCAAUUUUUGGCGCUGUCAAGGUUGUAGCUUGUGGCAUCUUUGUUCUCUUCUUUGCGGAGAGAUUAUCCCGUCGUCAAGUUCUCAUAGGAGGCGCCGUUUUCAUGAGCGCGUGCCAAAUCGUCACCGCAGCAGUAGUCAAAUCCUUCCCAGCCCCCGAAGAACAACAGGCGACCGUCAGCCCUCCAGCCAUUGCAACGAUUGCCCUCAUCUACCUCUUCGUGGUUGCAUACAAUUUUAGCUGGGGUCCUAUGCCAUGGCCCUAUGUUUCCGAAAUAUUUUCUCCGCGCAUUAGAGAGCCCGGUGUCGCGAUCGGUGUGGCCUCACAGUGGCUAUGGAACUUCGUUUUCUCCCUCACAACCCCCUAUAUGAUCGCAUCUCUUGGGUGGGGGACGUUCCUUGUGUGGGGCAUCUUCGACUUAUUCAUUGCUGGUUUCACGUUCUUCCUUUUGAAAGAGACUCGAGGCCUGUCGCUUGAGCGCAUUGCGCAAUCACGUUUCAAGGCGCAUAGCACUUCAUCUGAAGAGUGGCUGGAAGGUCCAGCGAAGGACACAACGAGGGACGACUAAACCCAUGCGCGAGUGAUAUUCAUUCGAUUGAGCUUCUAGCUUUGUAAAGGCAAUUAUACUCGUUAAUGCGGAUACUCGUGAUAUACAAGCUGCCAAAGCGAAUGCAUAAUCCACCCUCUAUAUAUAGUAUCACUAGUUCUCAAACGUAUGGGUCUUGACUGUUCCCCAGAUUGAUAGCGUAGCAUCCCCUUUCUUUAUAUUGCAUAUCUCCACAGAUCUCGGUUUGUAAUAGCCCGACGCACUUGUCGCGCUAGAGAUACUUCCCAUCCAAAGCUGUCGUGUUUCCAGUACUAGCAUACAACAUCAAGCUCCUAAAACAGACACACCCUCCAAGUUGUCUAUAAUUAUCAAACCCAAAUGGACAUAAUC